GAGAUAGAACUUGACCCGAAUGGAGGGUAGUCGGCGUCACGCACAGCCGGGUAUCGCUGCCCAAGCAAGCCCGUCACUGCCCAAGCCCGCCCGGAUCUGUCAUCGUUGCUGCUUGAUCUGAUCAUCACUGUCCAUGGUCAAAAUUAACUGCCCGAACCUCACCUUCAUGGCCCGGAGGUCGCCGGAGUUGCUGGGUGACCACGGUUGUCAGUUCGGCGGAGAGUUACCGGCUCUCCGCCGCCACUGGAUGCUGGCUGUUACUCUGCCCGAGCUGCUGGACUUCGCCGGAACAGUGGUCGCUGGACAGGGGGUUGCCGGCAAAAUCGUUGCUUGUCCACUGUGGUCAGUCACCGGCGUCGCUGCCGGAACUCGCCGUUGGAUUGAGAGCUGUCGCGUUGCUGAUUUGCCAGAGAAGAAUUCGCUGGAGUUGAUGCUCGGAUUUGGCCAGACGUCGUCGGAGCUCGCUGGUUCGAGGUUCCCAGAAUGCUCCCCGUCGUCGCCUCUGUAGAUCGUCGCCGGUUGGACUCUUCUGCCUUGCCAUCGUAACCCAUGUCUGCGAAUCGAAGAAGAAAGUGGAGCGAGGAUGACGACGGCGAUUUCGAUCGAAGCAGGCGAAAGAUCCUAUAUAUACCCUAGGGUUUUUGUUCUGUAAUUUAAAAUAACGUGUAUAGGUAAAACAUACUUUUCAAUUCAACUUGCUCCAAAUUGAGAUCUGUUCACGUUGUUAGAUUCAAUUCGUCGAUCCUUACCCCAAGUGUAUAACUUUCAUAAUCAAUCAAUAAGCAUUUA